GUGUGUUGGUGAAGCUUUUUAUAUCAUUACAUUGUAUCCAAAGAUAUUGUAAAGAUGUUUUGAAUUUAAAUUUAGAAAAAUAUCGUAUUUGUGAAGUUUAUAAACAAAGUAUAAUAGAAGAUGAAUACUCCGCAAUCUAAUAAAAAAAAGAGAAAUAGAAUUGGUGUUCAUAAUGAUUGUACAAACAAUUCAAAUAAUGAAGUACUAAAUGUACAAGAAGCAACAAAGUUUGUUUUAGUAAAUCCAAUAGGUGAGGAUAGUAAUAAACCUGUUAAAAUAGAAAUAGCUGAAGCACUUCCGGUUAUAACUAUUGAAAGUAAUGAACAGGAUGAGAAAAAUUUAACUUCGAAGGAAAACUCUAAUUCUGAUAAAGAUAAAGAAGAUAAAAACACACUGAAUAGUUUACCUACUGCAAAAGUUAUAGAAAUAGAAGGAUAUGAAAGGCAACUUGGUGAAGCUGAACCUCUUCCAAAUUCUUAUGUUAGAUUUAUGGAACGGAGUGGCGAAGAGCUUGAUGUUUGUAUUGUUGUUAUAGGAGAAGUAGAAUAUGAUCUGGAUGAGGAAGAUACUGCAUGGCUAUCUAUAGUUAAUGAACGACGAAUAGCCUCAGGACUUUUACCUCCAUUAGAACCAGAUAUAUUUGAAUUAUUAAUGGAUAGAUUAGAAAAGGAAUCUUAUUUUCAGCAAGAAAGUAAUGGUGGAGUUGGUAUUGCCGCUGAUGAGGAUGCAGUAUGUUGUAUAUGUAUGGAUGGAGAAUGUCAGAAUAGUAAUGCAAUUUUGUUUUGUGAUAUGUGCAAUCUUGCUGUUCAUCAAGAUUGCUAUGGUGUACCAUAUAUUCCUGAAGGACAGUGGUUGUGUAGAAGAUGUUUACAAAGUCCAUCUAGAGCCGUCGAUUGUGUGUUGUGUCCAAAUAGAGGUGGUGCUUUCAAACAGACUGAUCGUCCAGCUACGUGGGCUCAUGUAGUAUGUGCAUUGUGGAUACCAGAAGUAAGAUUUGCUAAUACAGUUUUCCUAGAACCAAUAGACAGCGUAGAAAGUAUUCCGGCAGCUCGUUGGAGGCUUACUUGUUGUGUUUGUAAACGUAGAGGUGCAGGUGCAUGUAUUCAGUGUCAUAAAACUAACUGUUAUGCAGCAUUUCAUGUUACUUGUGCACAACAAGCUGGUCUUUGUAUGCGUAUGAGAACAGUACAACCUGCUAAUGGAGAACCAAUGCUAGUUCAGAAAACAGCAUAUUGUGAAACACAUACACCAGCAGAUUAUCAGCCUUCAACAAAUCCUGCUGAUGCAAGACGAAGAGCAAUUGCUAAUAAAAAGAGUUCAUCCGCACCAGUUAUAUCCAUACCCACAAUACCACCUGAGCGUAUAAAAGAAAUUGCUAGUUUAGCAGAAGGUCUCCCAAAGAGAAGUCAGUUGAUUCAACGUCUUAUAGCAUACUGGACGCUGAAACGUCAAUAUAGAAAUGGUGUACCUCUCCUUAGAAGAUUGCAAAGUUCACAUCCACAAUCAAGGCCUCCUCCAUUAGGAGGUAAUUGCUCACCGUCUCCAGAUAGUGAAUUACGCGGAGAACUUUAUCGUCAACUUAAGUAUUGGCAAUGUUUACGACAGGAUUUAGAACGUGCUCGAUUGCUAUGUGAAUUAGUACGGAAACGAGAAAAGCUGAAGAAAGAAUUAUUCAAAGUGAAAGAAAAGUGCUUAUGGUUUCAAUUACGACCUUUGGAAAGUAUUUUGCUUACAUUAUUAGAAGCUAUUAAAUUAAGAGAUGUCAAUGAUGUAUUUGGUCAACCAGUUAAUACUAAAGAAGUUCCUGAUUAUCUUGAUAUAGUUUCACAUCCGAUGGAUCUUUCUACAAUGCAGAUUAAAAUCGAGAAGCAGGAAUAUGACACUAUUGGAGCUUUUGAAACAGAUUUCAAUUUAAUGGUCAAUAACUGUUUGGCUUAUAAUCGUAAGGAUACCAUGUUUUACAAAGCAGGAUUGAAAAUGAAAGAGCAAGGUGGUUUGCUCAUAGAACAAGCUUGUAAAGAUUAUCCAGAACUUAAUACUCUUUGUCAAACAGAGCAAAGUGCUUCGAAAUCUAGAAAAAGAGAAAGAUCUAAUCGUAAUCGCAAUGAAACGGAAUUAAAUACAGGAGAAAAAGAAGUUGGUGCAGGUGGUGUCAAUCGAAGAACAGCUGUACUGUUUACCCGUAAAGCCAAAGCACGUGCUAGCAGAAGUGGACAAAUGUUUCUUCCAGAAAAUAAUCAAAAGAAACAAAGUGACAGUUUCAAAGUGUAUAGAAGCGGAACAAUGGACAGUGAUGCCGGUGAAGGAGAGAGUCAAUCAUCAAGUUGUAGUAGUUGUUCAACAAGCAGAUCUGCUACACCAGAUCCAGAAGAAGAAAAACAGAGAUUAAAUACACAUGAAACCAAUAAAGAAACUAACGAAAAAUCAGGAAAUAGUGGAAAGUUAGAAGCUUUACAACUUGUAUGGGCUAAAUGUCGUGGAUAUCCUUGGUAUCCAGCUUUGAUUAUAGACCCUAAUACACCUCGUGGUACCAUACAUAAAGGUGUACCUAUUCCAGCCCCUCCUGAUGAUGUAUUGGUACUAGCUAAUAAUUACAAAGAACCAGUUUUCCUUGUUCUUUUCUUCGAUACGAAACGUACAUGGCAAUGGUUACCAGGUGAAAAACUAGAAAAAUUGGGUGUAUCCCAAGAACUUGAUGAAUCUAAAUUAAUAGAGUCGCGUAAACCUGCUGAUAGGAAAGCAGUAAAAAAGGCCUAUCAAGAAGCUUUGCAUUACCGAAAACAGACACAUAAUACUACAUUAAACGCAGGAUCAAACAUCUAAUUCAUGCAUCUUAAAUAGUUUUGCAAUUUAUAGUUAUUUCAAUUUGUUAUAUAGUUAGUUCAAUUCACUCUAUAAUACAUUGAUUAUGACUCAUUCUUAAAAAAUACCUUUAAUGAUUAUAUAAUUUUAUAAGUAUAUA